GUAUUCUCAAAGGUCGUACUUCUUGUGAUUUUUAUAUUGAAAUACAAUCUUCCAAAGCAGUAGAUCAUUUGUAUGCUCCUGAAAAUGGGAAAUGCAUUGCUUCCUUCUCUCAGGAUGAUUUCCUGAUUUCUAAUUGAAUAUGAUUGUAAUAUCCAAUGUGGAUGUAUUGUAAAUUUCAGAAACAAUGGACUUUUGAAAACAUAAUGGGCAUUCUUACAUUCCCUUUUGUUAGCUAAUAUGUUCCAAUUCAAGGUUCCCUACUUGAUGUCUUAUAGAGCAUAACUCCCAUAAUCCCCAUCCAUUGUGGCCCAUUCGAGUUAUAAACCAGGACAUCUGGAGGUAACUAUUUUGUAGAAAUUAGAACAUUUUGUAUUAUUAUCCAGACCUCUGAUUGAGGCUGCCUGGGAAAAUGUCCAUAGGAGAUCAUUUGACCCACAUGUAGCAUAUUAGCCAGUAUUAGUAGUAGGCAAAUAAUGGUUGCGAAACUGAUAUUUAACAAUGGGCCUGCUUCUUCUGAGCAUAAUUCUUAAUGGUGUUUUUCCUUUCUGUAUCAGGAAGGUGUCCUUUUACUUAAUCAUUACAUCACUGGCAAUAGGAUACCUUUAAAGAUUGUCCAUCAUUUCCUGUUGGCUGUCAUAUACUUAUCUGGCUCCUUGGGACUACACGUUGCAUUGAAACUCUUUCACUUGGCGGAGUCUUCUCUGGCUGGGUGGCUGUGCUUUUGUCUGCAGGAAGCUUGGAGGAAAAGAAUUUCCUUUCUUGCGCGAGUAAAAGAUGGCUGCCACACAGGAAGUACCUCCUCCAGCAUUGGGCCUCCAUUUUUUGUACCCAUUAGAAGAAACAAUGGCACCCAGGGUGAAAAUAGAAGAGCCUGGGCCCCCAUGCCCUGAAUCAGGUUGGGAAUGGGAUGCUCCGGGAAAGGCUCCUCUUGUUGUCCCGGCAGGCACCAUUAGUGAUCUGUUGAGGUGGGCAACUCCUCCCCAAGUGAGGAGCGACCCAAUUCCACAGCUCUGGGAGGUUCAGUGCCAAGAGAUGGUACAAACCCUGAGGACACCUGCUGACGUCAUGCCAGCCCCUGUGCCUGUCCCACCCCCAGCCCCUGGCUGGAGCAAUCUCCAGCUACCUGAGCUUGCACCUGUGGAUGACAUCGAAGCCUACCUGUCAUCCUUUGAGCGGGCAGCCGAAUCAUGCCAGUGGCCAAGGGGAGAGUGGAUGAGCCGCCUUAUGCCAGCUCUUGGAAAAGCCCAGCCACCCCAUAAUGGCUUGGAUGCCAGGAGCAGUAGGAAUGAGCACAGAAAGUCCAAAUCUUCCGGCCUGCGAGGGGAAACAAGCGCCAAUGUGGAAAUGCAACGGCAGCGUUUCCGACAGUUCCGUUACCAGGACUCUGAAGGCCCCCGGGAGGCUUGUCGGAGGCUCCGGGAACUUUGCCGGCGUUGGCUGAAGCCUGAGAGCCGCACAAAGGAGCAGAUUCUGGAACUGCUGAUCCUGGAACAGUUUCUGACCAUCUUGCCCCAAGAGAUCCAGAACUGGGUGUGGGAACGAGGCCCUGAGACGUGUGCUCAAGCAGUGGCUUUGGUGGAAGGAUACCAGAUGGGGCGACGAGAGGCAGGGACGUGGGAGCAGCAGGUUACAGUGCGGGUCAAGGUUGAACAGGUAAGCCCACAGGAAAUGAUUUUACCUGGAGCAUCAUGGGAUCCUUCGGCCUCGCUGCUGCCACAUCCUGAGUACCUAUCCUCAUCCGAUAUAACAUUAAAUCAGCCUAUCCCAGGCCCUGCUCUCAAGAUGCCCUGCAUCCCAAAACAAGAACCACAAGGCCUUCAGGAAACAGGCUCCCUACUGGCCAAUGGAAACCGAGAAGAGCACUCUUUGCCUGGAGGAAUGAUGGAAAUGGGAUUGCUACCUGGGAAUUCUCGGGAGAAAGUGUUGGGUGAGAAUUGUGGUGAGCGGAUGAGUCAACAAUUUGAAGUGAGAUGUGGAGACAUAAGAGAGAAUCCAGUUGCACACCCAAACUCUUUUGGACGCUCUCACCCAGCAGGAAAGUCCCUUCACCAGUGUUCAGAAUGUGGGAAAACAUUUAGCCGUAACUCCCAUCUGCUCACCCACCUAAGGAUCCAUACUGGGGAGAAGCCCCACCAGUGCCCUCAGUGUGGCAAACGUUUUGGUCAUACUUCCCAGCUGACUCGUCACCAGAGGACCCAUGCCUCAGAGAGACCUUUCCGAUGUGCUCAGUGCAGCCGAAGUUUUUACCAGAGCUCAGAGCUGACCAGGCACCGAGUAUCCCAUGCCAGAGACCGUCCAUAUGGGUGCAGCCAAUGUGGGAAGAAGUUCCGUUGGAGUUCUGAUCUCAUCCGACACCAGAUCACACAUACAGGAGAAAGACCAUACAAAUGUCCUGACUGCGGGAAGAAGUUUGGUCAGAAUUCACACCUGGUUCGACAUCGGAGAACCCACACUACUUAGCCAAGAUCUUCCCAGAAGGAAAGAAAACUCUGUUUCCCAGCAUUGAAAGCUCAAUAAGGACCAAAGCAUGGAACCAGCCCACUGCUUAGCUUAGUGUCAUAAUGAGCCAGAUGACUGAUGAACUUUUGGUUCAAUAUAUGCAGAGGUUUAUCUGUGGGUGUGGCUAUCUGCAGCAGUAUAGGCAAGGUGGCAGUUCCACAAUACCAAUUUGUGAUCUACAAUAAAGUGUCACAGUAGAACGAAACUGAUUACUCUAAAAACGUGCUGAGCCUUUCUAGAGUUGACUUCCUGGACAAUACUGAACCACUAAUAUUGUGGUGGCGCCAGUUGGAUGUCUUUUUUUUCUUUCUCUAUCUCCUUUUUCUUCCUCCCUCAUUCUCUCCUUUAAUAGAAAAGGUAAUAGGUCUCCUAAUCAUCUAGACAGAUUUUCUGUUACAUAACACAGCCUGUAUUCCUUGCCCUGAGAAAAUUUCUUUGUCGUGAAGCAAAAGCAAUGUAUUUUUUAGAGAAAAUGACCAGUCUGUAUUAGCAGAGGGUUGAAAUCUUUAAAAUGAUGGAGAUCCCUUCUUGGGGAAGCUGCUGUGAAGUAUUUUGCCUUUUUUUAAAAAUUACAACUUUGAUAAAUGGAAAAAUU